GCUGAUACAGGUCUACCCUCCGGCUGGGAAGUCCGCCACUCGCAAUCCAAGAAUCUACCCUACUACUUCAACGAGUCGCAAAAGCUGUCGAGAUGGGAACCCCCACAAGGCACAGAUACAGAGAAUCUCAAGAAGUUCAUGGCUGAGCACCACAGCGCCCCGGAGGUCCAACCGGGCAUGAAUGGUAGUGGUAAGAUUCGGGCAAGUCAUUUGUUGGUCAAGCAUCGGGAUAGUCGUCGGCCGAGUAGUUGGCGUGAGGCGGAAAUCACACGCUCGAAAGAAGAGGCUAUGCGAAUCAUUUCUGGCUACGAAUCACGCAUCAAGAACGGCGAAAAGCUCAAGGACCUCGCAAGAUCGGAGUCGGACUGCAGCAGUGCUAGAAAAGAGGGAGAUCUGGGGUUCUUUGGUAGAGGGGAUAUGCAAAAGGAGUUUGAGGAGGCUGCGUUUCGGUUGAAGCCUGGUGAAGUCAGCGGGGUUGUGGAGACGGCGUCUGGUCUGCAUUUAAUCCAGAGACAGGUCUCGCUCACCCCGGUCAGCUACUUGAUAAACCAUUGCUAA